UCGCAUGACCAUCCACAAGUCCAGCCCCAACCUUACUUUCACCACAUCCAACUUACCAACUUCAUGUUUCUUCCUCAACUUUGCUCAGCAAACUCUUCUAAAAAGUAGAGAGAGGGAGGGGAAUUGUCUGGUGGACUAACACAACCAGUCAACUUCAAUUGCCCCGCAGCAUACCGACUUCAAUCUCUCAAAUCUCAAACUGCCUGCCGUCAUCAUUGGCAAACUAUAGUGACGGCAAACAGUUCACCACAACCCAACGUGAGACAACUAAGGUUCAACCGAUCUUUGUUCUUUGAAAAACCAGAUCGAUCGCUAUUGAAACACAACAAGGCUCUGGUUUCAUCAAGACGUCUCCGUUCCAACCCAUUGCAUGGACUAAUCAUAUCAUACAAUGGCAUCUCCACCACUCUACGACGAUUACAGUCCGUCCAGUUCUCAGGAACGCUCCGAUAAAGAGACCACUGAUGAACACAAAUACAAACGUCGAAGAAUCACCUCAGAAAUGAGUCCUCAGCAUCCCACUAUGCCAGAGGCCCCUCGUCCUGCCACCAUCCCUCUACCUGCUCGGUACGCAUUUCAACCUGGAUACACCGUAGCUCCUGGGGAUGGCUUUUCACAGAUGCCUGCCGACGUACAGUCUCUUUGGGAAGACCAGCAACCCUUUGGAUAUCAAGUAUUGGGAGGCGUUUACCCUCCGGAAAUGCGUGGUAUGACAACGAUGCCACGAGCCUACGUGCCAAACAUUCCUACGCCUGCUCAAUCAGCACAAGACGCUUCCAACACCAGCAAUCCAGCUCGUGACUACGACAGAGGAACAGCACCAAAUCUAAUGGCAAAUCCUCAUCGUUUUCGUAAUGACCUUUGGCGGCACUUUCCUGGUUACUCGGAGCAGCAAAUCCGAGACUUUGUAUCACGUAUGCCAGAAGGCUCUGGUUUCUUCUUUGAUCCUACCAUACCAGGCAAUCCUAUCCCGCCCGACCCGAACAGAGUGCCGCACACACCAAAUGCAUCCACCAACGGGAUAUCCUUCUCUAGACGGUCAGCUCCGACCAUAGCAGGAGCACCACCCAAGGCGGUCACCAGAUUGGUCCUGAGUCGAGCAACCACUGAAAGCAUUCAAGAGCUAGGGGAGCAUAAGAAGGAAUGCCCGGCAUGUCAACUCGAAUUCGAACCCGAUAACUUUAUGGCGGUCAUCAGCUGCUGUGGGACUGCUAUGCACGCCACUUGCUUGUCUGCCUGGGUCAAUUCGCAAACAUACACAAAGAGUCGGGCAUGCAUGAAAUGUCGACGUGGUAUCGAUGCUAGGCGUGCUCUGAAUGGCGUGGUGGCCCCAGUCAGUGACCAGAAUUGGGAUGAUGGUGUUGAUCUCAAUGCUCCGGAAUCUCUCAAAGCCGAUUCGAAGAUCGAGCUCAAUGUCAGUGCAAGACCAGAUCGCGCGGCCUAUCGACGUGCAAGAGACUCCAUGUUCCUUGGAGGUUAUGGAUCACGUCCACCGCCUCUGGGGCAUGCGGCUGAGAUAUCUGAAGAAGCCCGGCAGAGCCUCAACCGAGUCAAGCAGGAACAGCUGUUGGAAUCCGACGCAUUGAAACGCAAGGUUAGAGCAACAUACGAGGAUCGCAACCGAGUAAUGGACGAUGAUGUGAUUGCGAAUCGACUAUUCUCCGAAGCUCAAGUAGCAGUCGCCCGCGGUGAGUCGGUUGACCUGGAGCCGCUGAGCCGAAGAUGCCAGGAGACGAGAUUGGCGAAGGAAAUGGCCGUGGAAGCCUUCAAAAAGUCGCAGAAAGAUAUGGAACACACCGCCAGAGCUCACUCACAGCGCUUGCGCACAAUGUAUGAGGAAGCUUACAUGGAGCGCGUGCACGCCACAGAGGAGGCGGCGGUUCGCAAUAUGACUUCAUCGGGACAGGCCGGUGGAAGGACCUCCUCCAUGUCUACUUCCCCAUGAUAGGUCACUCUACACUAGACCUCGAGGGGUAUCAGCAGAUGUCAGGGGGCUUUUUUUGGGGCGAGAUGGAUUGCAUGAAUCGGCGCAAUGGUCAUCGAUUUGGCCUUAAACCCCAGCAGAUGCCCAAGGGGUAUUCGGGCAACGUGAACAGGAGCAUGACUGCAACACACUGGAACACGACGACACGAAUGACAGGCGAGUGCAUUGGCAUGGUCAGGCGUUGGUGAUUUGGGACUCUACGGCGCUCUUGUUUUGGCGCUGAUUGCAUCAUGCUUGGUUGGGCAGAGGGUUGAUUUUCGAGGCGUUAGCUUGUUGGG